AUGCAUGUUCAGCACAGUAGAAAAGGAGAGGGAGAGGGUUCUGGGUUCUCACAGGCCUCACGGAUGGACUAUGACAUGGAUCUCGUGCAGCUGACUCUCGUCCUGAUCCUCAGCACUGUGGCGAGCUGCUCCACUGAUGAAGCUUUUUGCCCAAAAGGAGCCCGGAUCGACCAAGACGGAUUGCACUGUUACUGGAUGUCUGAAUCAGCGUUAACCUGGCAACAAGCGAGGACUGAGUGCAGGGAAACUCACACCGCAGAUCUCGCCAUGGUGGACACACCGAGGGUUCAGAAGUUUAUCGAAAACUCUUUUCUGCUAGAAGCCCCUGGAUCGGUUUGGCUGAGAAAUGGACACACAAGUGUUUUUGGUGCUGCUAAUCCACAUCAUGAAGGCCAAGAGCAAGGGACUUGUUCUGAGAUAUCUCUUGGUUUGGGUCAGUGGACAAACAGCCCAUGCAACCAAACACAUCACUUUAUGUGUGGGAAACAAAUAUCAGUGUCUUUGCCAUCGUUGGACAGUUAUGUCAUUGGAAUGCCGCUGAUGUCUGGUGUAUACACACAGUCCCAAUUACACGCACUGCCUUCACCACCGGACCUGCAGCAGCAGAGAGCUGAAAUGAUGCUGUUCCCAGGAAUAUGGGUCAGUCAUGGAGGCCAGGUGAACUCUGUAGAAUUGGUAGCUCAGCCCAGUCAGCAGCUCACCAUGGCCAAAGUUCAGAUUUUACGGCCAUACUGCACCCCAAACCAUCACUUAGUGCCCCCAGGCUGCAGCUCCAUCCUCAACACGUUCACCUGCUGCUCGGUGAAGCCUUUGUGCAACACCACUGGUGGCUGUCCAAGUGGACAAUACUGGUGCCAUCUGAUGGAGAGCUGCCUACCAGUCACCAGCCCCUGUAGCCCUUAUCACACAUCUGCUGAUGGACACAUCUUCACCCUGCCACCACGCUACACUGCAAUGACUCCAUUCUACCACAUGGUGGCAGACAUAGCAUUGGAAAUACCUCCAGUUUCUGAGCCUGUCCACAUCAACGUCAUGUUUAAAGGAAAAGAGUUCCCUGUAUUUCCUGACGAUAUUCUUGCCGUUCAGCACACUAGAAAUUCUGGAGAGUUCCUGCGCUGUAUGAGCAGCUAUGACUCCGCCUGGCGCCAGAGCUACAUCUCCAUACCUGGACCUGUGUGGGGUGGCUGGGUAGAUGUCUCAGCGUCUUCUCUGACAGAUGGAGGCCAAUGGGUGGACAACAUGUCCUGUGACCUGCGUCUAAUCUACAACGACCCUGGACAUCUCUAUGGUCCUUCCCCUGUUGUGAACAGCACACAAAAUGCUCAGACCCCAGUGACAGGAAUGCAGAUUCUCUAUCCUGGACUUGGCAAAGAAAAUCGAAUAUAUUUACCAGUAAAUAUCCAAAAGUUAAUUAUUAUCAAGAUCCUUUCAGGUAGAAAUGCGACGAGCUCAUGGUCUGACCCAGUAUCCAAGGCAGGAGUCCCGUUUGUAGAGUCCUGUCCAAUAGAGAUUCCUGAACUUGAGGGAGUUUGCCAGAGGGAUUCUCCUGAUACAUGGUUCUCUUAUAUGUACAUCAUGCCCACUAGCCAAGGAGAACAAACUCUGAACAUUACAGCUUCCAACCAGCUGAACUCUCAGACACUGAGUGUGACAAUUGAAGCUCAUAUUAUUGUCAAAGGACUGAGAAUACAACCACAGGGAUUUCAUCGAGUUCUAGUGGACAUACCACAGAUAUUCACCGCAGCAGUAGCUACUGGUUCAUCUGUGAAGUACAUCUGGAUUAUUGAUAAUCUCGUUGAGUUUGCCCAGACAGGAGAGGCUUACAACGUCAUUCUCAACAAACCAGCAGAGUACGUGCUCAAGGUAACUGCAGAGAAUCCUGUUAGCACUCAGUACACAGAGGUCAAACUCACGGCAGAUGUAAUGACCCCAUUAGCUGAGCUCACAUUACUCUUCAAGAGGGAGGCUGUUGCUGUAAACACCUCAAACCUCUACACCAUUAGAGUGAAACUGGAUGUCUCUAUCGGUGUCACAAUAAGGUGGGAUUUUGGUGAUGGCUCUAGCGGUGUUAAUCAUACAGUCGUCGCUCCAUUAGAAAGGAACGAUGUACCACCGGAUCGGACUGCGACACAGAUAUACCUGCAGGACACUGCAAGUCAUAUCUACACAACACCAGGUGACUAUACACUGAGGAUACAAGCCCAAAAUAAAUACGACUUUAUCCAAACGACUGUGCUACUUAAAGUAAGAUCUCUACUGACCAAACUGCUAGUCUUCUCAAAGCCUGCUCUCCCCAAAAUCAACCAAACUAUUCUUUUUGAAGCCUCAUCACAGCCAUCUUCAUAUGGCAUACUUUAUAUGUGGAACUUUGGGGAUGGCUCAUCAGAGGUUGAAGGACCUCAUAAGAUUACCAGGCAUGUUUUUAAGAAAGCCGGCAUGUUCAAUGUUUCUGUGUGUUCCAACAACACCCUGUCAAGGCUGAAUUCCUGGAUGGUUGUGGAAGUUUCUGAAACUAUCUCAGGUGUCCAUCUGAGGUAUAAUGGCCCCAGUGAACUCAAUUCAAUCACUGAAAUCCGUGGAAGCGUAUCCACGGGUACCAGUCUCAGAUGGACCUUUGAUCUGGGUGAUGGGACGGUGUUUAAAGACCUUGAGAAGAACUCAGUCUCCCAUGUCUAUAGGUCUACGGGAAACUACACUGUCGUGGUAACAGUUUGGAAUGGCGUGAGCAGCGUGAGACAGUCUAUCAGUGUAGAAAUUUAUGGACUUGCUGUUAUGGGAAUCCUGCCACUGGACUGCAUAGUGAGUGGAAAGGAAGUAAAUCUUCAGGCACUAGUUACAGGGAAUGUUUCUCAGAUAACUUUCCAUUGGAAUUUUGGAGACAGUACUGGAAUGUCCAUAAAGAAAGGAACACCAACCAUUGCUCAUACAUUCUCAGGUACCGGGAGUUACCUCAUCAACAUGACCAUCUAUAGCCAAACAGGAUCUGCUCACUAUGAGACAAAUGUAUGUGUUGAAACCUUAAUUACAGAUUUGAAACUACACUCAUCUGUAAAUAUUGCAGCAGUGGGUGAAGAGAUAUGUUUUGAUGUGUCAGUGCUUCCAACUGGUAUUGAAAGCCACCAGUUUCUCUGGUAUAACAGUUCUUCCUGUGACUGCCCUGUGAAUGGGACAUCACAUCACUGCUUUGUUUUUUCAAAAGAAGGCAAACAUGAAAUUAAGGUAAUCACACAAAACCGGGUCAGCAAGAAAACUGUGGCAACAACAGUCUUUGUCCAGAGACCUAUAUCAGAACUAUCUGUGUGGCACAGUGGCGAUAGAGAAGUGUUUACUGUCAAUCAGUCAUAUUACUUUUGGACUGAGCCAAGCCAGAAUGAUGUUGUUAUUGAGUGGGACUUUGGUGAUGGUUCGCUGAAGAAUGAAGGCCAAAAUCUGUCACAUGCUUUCACUUCAGCUGGUCAGUAUCAUAUCAGAGCUUUGGUUUUCAAUGCAGUUAGCAAAGAGAUUGUAGGUGUUGAUGUAGAAGUCCAGGUUCCUAUAUCAAAUGUAAUAAUUCACACUAACAAGCCAUUUGCAGAAGCAGGCCAAGAAGCAGUUUUCACUGUUUCAAGCAAUGUCAUGGAUAAUGUUGAAUUUUAUUGGACAGUGGACUCCCUGACUCAAUCACAGCUCGGAACAUCAGAGUACAAGUAUGUGUUUCCCAAAGCAGGGAUCUUUCACAUUAAAGUGUUGGUCCAGAAUCUUGUCAGUAAAAUCGAAACCUCAACAACAAUUGAGGUUUUAGAGAGAAUACAAGAUGUCCAAAUUACAAGCCAGGUUCUUAGAUCGAUGAGCUAUUGUCCUACAAAUGAGACUAUCACUCUGAUUGCUUCUGUAAACCAGGGUACCAGCUUGGCAUAUCACUGGUUAGCUCAUCAAGAUGGAGUUGAUGACAUAGUUGGUAAUGGCAAACAGUUUGAAUUAUUUACACGUCACCCUGGUAAUGUGUCUUUAAAGCUUAUAGUUGCCAAUGUUCUUGGUAAAGUGCAUAGCAAUUUUUCUUUAAGGGCAGUUGAACGUAUUUCUCAUGUAAGUAUCUCCUCACCAUUAAAUGUAAUAGUGAAAGGAAAACCCAUUAACAUCAGAGUGACUAUGAAAACUGGGACAGAUCUUCAGUAUAUUUGGUUUUUAGAUACUGAUCAGUCUCCUGUAACAACAGAUGUACCUUUUGUCCUUCAUGCUUUCAAUGCCAUUGGUGUUUUCAAGCUCAGAGUGUCAGUAAGAAAUGUUCUUGGCUCAGUCAAUGCCACUAAACAACUUAAAAUUCAGGAGCCUGUUUCAGAGAUUGACUUUGAGGUAAAUGGACAAUCACAUCCCUACUUUGUCACAUCAAACAGUUUUGUGAAGUUGCAAGGAUCCAUCAGAAAAGGAAGUGAUCUACACUGGGAGUGGAGUACCAUUUUCUCGGACGGAAGUACAAUUGUUUUAGGUAAAAAUCAAACUGUCACCUAUUCCUUUAUGUAUGCAGGAGAUCACCGAGUAAUACUUAACGUCUCAAAUGAGAUUAGCUGGCAGUCUGUCUCACAUGGAGUAACAGUUCAAGAUGCCAUUGAAGGUUUUCGUCUAAGAGUGAGUGAUGCAAUCGUCUGUGAGAACAAUCCAGUCACUUUCAUAUCCUCCAUCACUCAGGGAAGCAGUGUUUCAUUCAGCCUGGAAUUUCCAGGAGGGAAUGCAUCCCUAAAGGAUCAGGAGGGUUUUACCACCUCAUCCAUUCCUGUUGGAAAUCACACUAUCAAAGCAGUUGCUCAGAAUCUUGUUAGUGCUUUGUCAGCAAAUAUCACUGUGAACGUGGUAGAACGAGUAAGAGGUCUUCAUUUGAUUGACUGCUGCUCCUCUGUUUUGGAAGCCUCAAAACCAGUCAGUUUCAAAGCAUCAGUAAGCACAGGAUCUAAAGUUAUUUACCAAUGGAAUUUCCACUUAGAUGGCUUCAAAACUUUACAACAAACUGGUGAAAAUGUUAUAUAUUCCCCUGUCAGCAAUGGAUCCCUGUCUGUGACCGUAGAAGCUCGGACUGACUUCUGUUCUCAGUCCAUAAUGGAGACGGCACAAGUUCAGUGGCCAGUGAAAAGCGUGCAGCUCUCUAUCGUAUCUGAUGGACCUUUUGUAGAUCACAAUGUCACUUUUUUUGCCCUCACUGAUGGUGGGAGUGACCUUAUGUUCAAGUGGAACUUUGGUGAUGCUCCUGAAGGGAUCCAAGUUACAAAAUCCAAUCAGGAAGUCCAGAAAUAUAAGGUUGAAGGCAGAUUUAUGGUCCAAAUAACUGUUUUCAAUAACAUCAGCCAAGUCUUUGCACAAUUCCCAGUUCUGGUAAGGAAACUGGAAUGCACCCAGCCUCACAUCACCCUCAUCCAAGAACAGGAGAAAAUUCUUAAAUCAAGUCCAAACUAUUUUGAAGCAAGUGUGGAUCUGAAUGAUUGCACCUCUUACAAGACAAGCUAUCUCUGGGAGAUCUUUACAGAUCCAGACUGCAAGGAAAGGAAAGUAUUUUUAAAUGGUUCAGUGGAUGUUACUACACCACUCCUGACUCUCCCAAAGCAUACACUAGACGUGGGAGACUAUUGUCUGAAGUUUACUACAAGGUUUGAAGGAACACCGUUACAACAUUACAAGACUACAGGGUUUUCUGUAGUGAACAGUCCAUUGGUUCCCUUGAUCAAAGGUGGCUCUUUUCAAAUUUGGUCAAACCAGAAAGACCUGAUACUGGAUGGAACAGAGUCUUAUGAUCCUGAUGAUACAGUUAAUGAGGCUGAUCUGUUGGAGUUUCAAUGGGAUAUUACAAUGCAGAACACCAGCACAUCUCACUGUCCUGCAUCCUUCCUCAGUAAUUAUCCCAUUCCCUGCAACAGCAGCAAGCUCAUUCUGCCCAGGCGUAUACUAGAGCCAGAGAGAGUGUACCAUUUCACACUAACAAUUCAAAAACAUGGUCGAUCACCCGUCUCUACUGUCCAGCAUGUUCAAGUACAUAAAGCAGAAGUGCUACCUGUGACUGUAAAGUGUGUAUCCUGUAGAUUGGGGUUUUCUUCUUCUAUCAGUCACAGCCAUUCUCUCGCUUUAGCUGGACGCUGUCCUCUGUGCAAUGGCACUGUUCAGUAUAAUUGGACUGCAGAAACCACAGAUGGUGAAGUUUUACUUCUGAAUGAAGUCUCAACUUCAACAGGACACAGCUCUACAGAUCUUGUCAUCAGACCCAAUAUGCUAAAACCUGGACUUGAGUAUAUAUUCAGUCUUAAUGUGUCCCAACCUGCUACUGGACUAUGGGGGUCAGCGAGCAUUGCUUUUUCCCCCAAUCAGCCACCCAAGGCCGGCAAGUGCACACUGUCUCCAGAAGAUUCGGUUCAACUUCUGCAAAAUGUAGUUUCAUUCAACUGCUCAGGCUGGGUGGAUGAAGACAGUAUCUCUACUCAGUUGAUAUACACUCUUCAGGUCACACAAUGCGAGAGCCCAGGAACACAGUGUCCCUUGAUAAACCUAUAUCGAGGCACACAAAGCACAUUUGGCACACUGGUACCCCUGGGCAGUACAAGAUCAGGCCACAAUGCUUCCAUGAUUACUGUAAUGAUCACUAUUGAGGACAACAUGGGAGCCAAAGUUACUGCUAUCAAAAGGAAUCUGGUAGUCAUGGUGCCAGUGAGUGACCAAGACAUGAUAGAAUGGUUGAAGAAAAAGAGUCAGGAGGAACUGUGGGCUUUACUGAAACAAGGCAAUCCUCAAAAUGUUAUACCUUAUACCAUGGCUUUGACCAGCCAGCUCAAUCAGUUAAAGGCCACUAGCAUGCAGGGGUUUAAGGACAAAGUCCAGAUGCGAGGCAGUGUGACCCAGGCCUUGGCCUCUCUCUCAGUGUCCUCGCUCCAGGAUGCAGCACAGAUCAGCUCAGCUUUGGCUCAUUCCACUGCUGUUACAUCUGAGAUUCAGUGUGGAGAAUGUAACUCUCAAGUCAUGAAGGUCAUGGAGAAGAUGAUCAACAUGAUCAAAGAGCAAACAAGACAAGGAGAUGUCACGCCUGUAGACACCGGAAGGAAUAUUCUGAAUGUUUUAAGGAGCUCAAUGUCUGUUCAGAAUCCAGUAAACACUUCAGAUUUACUGUCCGGCCACACUCAACAUCAAGACACUGCUCUAUCAGCGUUUUACCAGGUCGGACAGCUAAUGCGUAGUUUAAUGUGGUCACGGAUGCCUGGUGAGGAAGCCCUGUCUCUCAAAGCUCCACAAAUCAAUGCAAUGGGCAAACGUGGUGACCUGACUUCAGACCUCCUGUGUACUGACCCGUCCGGACCCUGCCAGUUUCUCAUCCCUCCGAAUCUGAGCUCACGACUGAGGACCGAAAGACAGGAAGUUAUUCAGAUUCUCCUGGUCAUAGAGAGUGAAGACAUCUCAUUAAUCUCUGCUGUAAAUCCACCAAUUUCUACUACGCUAGCUGCGAUGGAGUUCACCACACCACAGGGUCUGCCAAUCCCCAUUGCAAACCUGACAGCAGAAAGUGCCAUCCGUGUGACGCUACCAAACAAGAAGAUGGAGGUCUCUGGAAGGGUUAAUGUCAUUCUGCCAUCGGAAGGAAGCGUGAACUUCACAGUCAGAGCUGUCGAGACGGAGCCAAAUGCUGGGCUCUUUAUUGCCUUUAACUUCAGCUUGAUUCAAGGAAGUGGUAAAUUGAGCUCUGGAAAAGUCAGGAUUGUCAUAACUGAUGAACAAACCUUUCAACCGUCCCAACACACUCAUGUUAAAGAGCUCACCCUUGCCUUAUCAAGUGCGAGUCCUUCAGUGGAGGAAACAGUCUUCCUCACACCAGUCUUGAACGGCUCUGCUAAGGACCUGUACGUAUCCUUAAGGAACAGCGCAGGCGUGGAGUUGUGUGUCUUGGUGUGUGUGUUCAGCUCGCUCUGCCAGUUCUUCAACAUGGAACAGAGACGCUGGAGCACAGCUGGUCUGAGUGUGCUCAGUACUAGCAGCCCUGAUACUGUUCACUGCCUCACUGAGCACCUCACACUUUUUGGAGCCAGUCUGUUCAUUCACCCAGAUGCCAUCAUACUUCUCGCACCAUCAGAUGGACCGAGCAGAAACGUGGUGGUGGGGAUAGUGUGUGGUGUUCUACUCCUGAUUCAUCUGCUGGUUGGUCUCAUCGCCCACAAACUAGACCAUCUCGAAAGACAGCGCUUGAGCUUCAUCCCACUGUGUGGCCAGUCAGGAUGUUACCGUUAUCGAGUACUAGUCAAAACUGGCUGGUACAGGGGGGCCGGAACCUCUGCUCACAUAGGCAUUAGUCUGCAUGGUGUAAACAAAAGUGGUUCACGGCAUCUGCAAAGAGACGGAGCCUUUCAGAGGAAUGGUCUAGAUGACUUUCAGAUAGAAACUGACAUCAACUUGGGAGAAAUAUGGAAAAUACUCAUCUGGCAUGACAACACAGGUCUGGAUCCUUCAUGGUAUCUUCAGCAUGUGACAGUGUGGGACAUGCAGACAGAUAACAUGUUCUUCUUCCUGGUGGAGGACUGGCUGUCUGUGGAGAAUGAAAAGAACUCGGGUUUGGCUCAGAAAGUGGUGCUAGCUACGUGCCCUCCAGAGCUGUGGCAUUUUGGGAGGAUUUUGCGUGCACAGCUGCUGUUCGGACUGCAGGAUCAUCACCUCUGGCUGUCUCUAUGGGAGCGUCCAGCUCACAGCGCUUUUAGUCGAGCUCAGAGAGUAACCUGCUGUGCUCUGAUUCUACACCUGUACCUAGCAGCAGGGGCAGUGUGGUACGGAUCAGUGGCUACAAUAAGCAGCGGAGGUCCAGUCGCUGACCAUCUGCCCAUCACCCCAGAGACCAUACUGGUUGGAAUGACCAUCGCUGUUGUGAUGUUUCCCUUCCAAUCCCUUCUCACCUUCCUGUUCAGAAAGACCAAGAGCAAGGUUCCCGUGGAGCUCUCGCUGCCUCCUUCUCCCGUGUCAGAUAUUGUAGAGAUGGAUGUGUACCUCAGCCACCCAGAUGUGUCCUGUGCUUCCUUUUUGUCCAUGCCUACAGCCCACGAGUUGUCCAUACAUGAAGGAUCUUCCUUUGAGUCCUUGGAGAGCCCAAAACUGGAAUCAGAAAUUUGGAAUGCUCCUUGCUCUGGCAGAGUGGACCAGUGGACAUCAAGCGACAGCAUUUUCGGCCUUUCUGAGUUGAUGGGACCUACACAGCUCUUGAAGAGAAAAAGAGCACUUCUUCAAUUAAGUCUGAAUUCUCCAGCAUCUGAACUUUCAGCCUUUGAACAAUGCCAUUCUCCAUAUCUGAAGAGAAAGCAGCCGUCGUUGUCUGAAGAUGAGUUGCGGUCUGUUUCUGGAGAUCCUUUCCUAUCUAGUGCCACUUCUUCAGGGCCUAGUACCUCUGACAGCAGCCGAGCUUCACCCAAUGAAACUGUUCUAUCUGACACACUGGAGAGUUGCUCUAGUGGAUGGAUGGAUCUGAGUGUGGAGAAAUCUGAUUGCCACACUGGUCUUUAUGAAUCUCGCUGUUCCACUGUGUCAGUGUGUAGUGUGGCCAGUACCUUCCUCCCCAGUCUUCCCCCAGACUCCUUCAGCACCACCUCCACCACACAUAUAGGUGUGUCUCGCAGUGGGCCAAGUCUGAUGCUACCAUCUUGGGUGUUGGGUGUUGCUUAUCUUCUUGUGGCUGUGCUCUUGGGAACAUGUCUGGCCUUGGUGGGCUUAUACGGGAGCAUCUUCUCCAACUCGGUGCUCCUCAUGUGGCUCACUUCAGUCCUGUCAGCCUUCUUCACAUCAGCCCUGAUGUUGGAGCCUCUCAUGAUAUGUGUUCGGGCCAUGUAUCUUGCCUCUGUGGUGAAACCAGUAGACCCAGAGGUGGAGGAUCGGUUGGCCCAGGAGACCAUAGUGAUGAGGAUGGGGAAGGAUCAAGGGGUUAAAGUACGUCCUCUUUGUGGGUACGGCCUUCUGCACGCUAAAGAAGAGGCACGGAAAGUACGAAUUCUCAGAAAUCUCAUGAAGAACUGCCUGAUCUAUCUGCUGUUCCUCUUGGUGGUUCUCAUGAUGAACUACCAGAAUAAUAUACAGGAGAUGAAUGGCAGAUUGCUUCACCCUGCAGUUAAACGUUCAAUCAUCUCAGCCUCUCCAGGACAUCCAAACCUCACAGCCAUAUCAGGGUGGGCAGAAGUGUGGCAGUGGAUGGACCAAAGCUUAACAGCACACCUCCACAAAAAUCCCUCCCUUUCUCUGAUUGGCUUAGCACGACUACAGAGAGUGAAGUCAAUAAACUUUUGUGUGAAGAAUACCAAACAGACAGUGAAACAUGGCCAGAUGUUGAUGAUGGUCAGUGCUCAAAAUUCAGGACACCAAAGCAACAGGACUACCUUCCUCCUCACACGGCCACGGUCCACAGCGCAGUCAUGCGUCUCCAGUCAAACAGACGAGAUGUUGCUUGGAAACAGCAGUUUCUUCACCAGCCACAUCCUGUUAGGCCUGAAACAAACACACUGGAUCACAGCUGAGACCCAAGCUCUGUUAGUUGAGUUUACUCAGUACCAAAGAGAGACAGGGACGUUCCUGCCUGUCUCCAUACUGCUGGAGAAAACGCAGACACAGCGGAUUGUCUCGACCAUCUCCCUCCAGUCAUUUCAUAUGCCAGGAUGUUUCUCUGGACCAGACUUAAACACAGCCAUAACGGCUCUACUGCUGAUCUUCUCCUUGUGUUUUCUGAGUGCUGAAGUUUGGAGGAUGCUCAGAGACCGAGCUCAGUACCUAACCCAGGGCUGGCGUCUCUUCCAGCUCUUGGUGGCUUUACUGUCCUUUUCGGCAGCUUCACUGCGCUUUUGUUUCUUGUCCAUGGCCACCGCACGCCUUUCUGUCCACAUCUCCCACCCUGAGACCUUCACUGGAUUUCACAGCAUUGCUGCUCUGGCAAAGAGUUCCUCGCAGCUUUCGGCUGUGUUACUGAUGCUGCUGAUUCCUCAGAUGGCAUGUUCUCUGCAGUUUGUAAGAAGAUGGGUGGUGUUUGGCAGGGUUCUCCACCAGGCCUGCUCUGAGAUCUGUGGAGUAGCCUUCCUGUUCGUGCUUCUGCUGCUUCUCUUCUCCCACACAGGCAGCUUGCUUUUCUCAGCUUCAGUGGAAAGCUUCAGGACUGUAAGGCAAGCUACUCAGUCCGUUUUGUGCUUACUGAGAAAUCGAAUAAUUUUAAGACAAUUGUCUGAGGAACAUCCAGUGCUUGGGCCCUUAUUCUGCCUUGCUAUAUUUGGGCUGGGGUUCUGGAUCCUUGGGCAUCUAUGUGGAGCCAUAUUACUCCAUAGGUAUAAGACAAUCCGGGCAGAAAUGUACCGGCCAUCCAUGGAACCACAGGACUAUGAGAUGGUAGAGUUUCUCGUCAAGAGGCUCAAGCUAUGGAUGGGGCUCAAAAAGAUAAAGGAGUUCAGGCACCGAGUAAAAUUUGAGGGCAUGGAAUCACCACCUUCCAGAUCUUCCAAGUGCUCCCAGUUCUCCAGCAUCUCUUCACCCAUCAGUCCUCCAGGGCCUCAUCUGGUAUCCUCUGCCUCCUCUCAGGUCUCAGAGUCUUCCAUGCUCUCUGAGAGCCAUGAAGUCCAACACUACCUUGAUCGCUUGCUGCCAUCCGUGGACAGUCUCCUUGCUGGUUUUGAUCGUGUCAAUCAACUGACCAACGAUGUCUUGAACAUUGAGCAGCAGCUUCAGAAAAUUCAAAGCAGAAUUAUUCAGAACAGAAGGAAGCAAAGAGAGCCACAACCACAGAUGCCCCCGACCCCAAAAUCAACAAGACCUAGCCAAACUUCCCUUCGAAUGGGACAGAAGUCUCUUUCGUCUUCCCAUGAUGGUAUCCCUCAUCAAAUCACCCCUCGUCGCCGUGCUACCCACUCCGAGUCUUCUCUCCUGGGAUCUUCUGCUCAUUUCAUGACUUAUAUAUCAGUACCAGGAAGGCACAAAUCUCAGACAGCAGACCCAGAGAUUAGGGGUUUCCCCAGACGAAGAGCCUGGCACUCAGGAUCCUGUCAUUCUGCAGAUACCAUUCAAAGAUUUGCUAAAUCCCAAAGCUCUGGAGCCAUUCCUGUAAGACCUCACAGUGAAGAGAGGGAUUGGACUGAAGCAACCGAAGGCAUGCCAAUUAAAAAGAGAGCCUGGCACUCUGAUCCUGCCGAGAGAGAAAAGGACUGA